AGUAACCGAACAACGUUCGAAGCCAGUGGGUAACGGAUUAUUUGGGCACCAAGUCUGGCGUGGAACAGUGAGAAGAAAAUGAAAUUGCGCUGUGCAGCAGAUAGUUACUGAUGUCAUUAUAAAAAAAAAAAUUAAAAAAAAGAAGCGUGACGUGUAAGAAAUAAAUAAAAAAAAAAUUGUUUAUCUAAAAAUAUACAUUAUUACGCGGUAACAACGUAACACGUGAGAACUUUACGCUAUAAAAUGCAGUGGAUUAACGUGUUGCUAGUUUUGGUGUUGUUGAUUCAGCACAACGUCAAUGCGGCACGCAUCAACGCCAAACAACAUACAAAAUAUCAAAAGUAUCAACAGCUCAAGCAACAGCAUAAGAAGUUGGGACCACACGCGGUCGAACGUGCACACAAUGAAGUCGCUACACACCGGAUACAACGAUUGCAACGAACGGAAGUGCCCCCAUUACAGUUGCCACAUGAGCCCACGCCACAAUUGGCAAUCGACACGCUACAAUGUCCAAUGGGCUGUGUCUGCCAGUAUGCGCCUUUCGCCGAGCUAUCCAUCUCCCGUUGGAUACAGCACAUGCAAACGCGACGAUCAGGUGCGCAGCAAGGCGACGAUAUUUGGGCAAAUGAGCGUGUGCGCAGCAACAGUAAUGAGGCCACCUACGACAAUAGUGAUGAUGAUGCUGAUGAUGAUGAUGAUGCGUACUUGACGAAUCUUUAUAUGAAACAGGCUACUUGUAUACUGCAAGAGGAGAGUGAUGUGGAGGAGCUGAUACAGCAAUUGCCACAUGAUUUGCAUGCAUUAAUAUUGCUAUACACCAGCAGUGGUAGAAAUAAGAGCAUCAAUCUGAGCACGCUGAAGCCACUCAAUCAACUCAGCACCUUGGAAGUGCGCGGUGGCCUCAAUCGCUCACUGCGCGUACUCUUCGAUCAACCGCUUAGUUUUCUGCAAUAUGCCAACUUCGAAUCGGUCACACUGUUGGGUAGCGAUGACUACAAACGACCAAAGGAUUCCAUACAUCCCAAGGAUAGUUACGAUUAUAAGCCACGUAGUGAGUCGUAUGACGAUUUGGAUUCGCUAGCCUUUGCGCCACUCGACGAUUACGAUGACAAUAUAGUGCCUUAUGAUAUUUACAAACAAGAGCUGUUAAAGGCGCGCAUGCCCACCUUCUAUGGCUGGGAACAUUUGCAAGUGUUGCGCAUACACGGUUGCCAAUUGAACGAAUUGCGUUGGGAGGUGUUUGAUGGACUGACCGCUUUGGAUCAUUUAUCGCUGGAACGUAAUGGUAUUAGUGAGGUGCCACCGUUCUCCUUCUAUGGCGCUUUGCAUAUACAGACGCUGUCGUUGGCGCACAAUUUAAUAGCUGAUUUGCAUUAUCGCGCUUUAGCCGGUCUGCUGGAGUUAGAGGUGCUCGAUUUGAGCGAUAAUCGUUUGGAUAAGUUGAGUGAGCGUACUUUUCCGCCAUUUCCGAAAAUGUUGCGCGUCGAUUUUCGCAAUAAUCCCAUACGGAAUAUAUUGCCAGCCAGUUUCUGGGUGAUGAACUCCACACGUGCCAUGCAUUUCGAUUCGAAAACGAUGGCGUUGCGUUUGAAAAACAGUCAACCAUUUGAAUCGUUGUCGGAGCUGCAAACGUUGCAUAUUGGAAAUGUGUCGGUCGGGAAUUUGGGACAACAUAUGUUUAAGGGUUUAACUGCACUGGAGAAGCUGACUUUGCAUGGCAAUAUACGCAGCAUCGAAUUCGACGCCUUUGCCGGUCUACACAAGCUACGCGAAUUAGAAUUGAGCCAUUGUGGCAUACAAGAGCUAUCAAUGGAUGCUUUUAUCGAAUGUAGAGCACUAGAGGUGCUAGAUUUAUCCUAUAACAACAUCUCCUACUUUCCACCAGGUCUACUGGAUGAUCAACCCAAUUUGGAAGAAAUCUAUUUGCAAGGCAAUCGCUUGCGCACAUUACCGCACACAUUCUUCCUGCGUCCGAAAUUGCGUUUAGCGCAUCUUAGCGAAAAUCCGUGGGAAUGCAGUUGCGAUAUGUUUAAUUGGCGACCGAAGAUUACCAAUCAGGUGCGUGGUUCACGCACAAAACGUUGCAUCACCGACUAUACAACGGGUAAGCAAAUUUCAUGCCGACGUGUGGACAGUUACGUCUAUGACAAUCGCUUUGCGCCACGUUGUAGCAAUCAUAACGAACGUAGCGUCUUCUACGUAAUACAUAAACAGUUGAAUUGUGGACCCGGACGUGUGGUGACAACAAAACACAAACAUAUUCAACAACAAAACAGUAUAUUGCCACGUCCAGGUGUUAAACUCCCUGUACCACAUUGGCGUAAAAUUGAGCAAAGCAAUUUGAAAUUGAUGCAAGAUAAAAACCAAACACAAAUUCACGCUGUGCGUGUGACGGAUAAACAGCGUAACAGACCAGCAGCCGUUAACGCAAUGACGCAACGGAAUACAUUGACAUAUGCAGUACAACAAGAACGUGCUAAACGUGUGGAACAUGUUUUUGCAGACGAAGAGGAAGACAAUGAUAUAUCAAAUGAUAUAUAUUAAUGCAAAAUAAUAUAAUAAUAAAAAAUAGUAUAUGAUGUUCAUAAACAAUGACGUCAUGUGAAUUUAAAUGAAGCGCUAAAGUUUAUGUCUACAAAAACCUGAUAGAUAAGAAGCGAACUUUGGUUUUAAAGCCUUAAGUUAAAUAAACAAACGAAAGAAAUUAAUUGUUAGAUUAUCACAUUAUGAUUAGUUCGUUAUACUAUGCAUUAAUUUAAGCACACAAAAAUCAUUGUAACAUAUUAAGAAGUGUAGGUAUCGAAUACAAAUGUAUGGUUUACAAAAAUAUUUCGAAAAGUUGAAUAUAUAUAUGUACGUAUGCUGAAGGUAAAAAAUUGUUUCAAGAAUUUAAUAAUUGCAACGAAGAAAGAGCAUAUUUUAUGAAAAAAAUUAUAUCACUUUGUAGUUUAAUCACCAUCAUAUUAAAAACGCUUUUUUAAACAAUUAUUUCUUAAUUUUGUUAAAAAAAAAACUACACACACAUACAUACAACAUUUCAAAUCGCACAAAAAUAUAUGUAAACAUAGCACUUCACUUAAAAAUUUAAGCAUAAACACUAAAAAGCAUGCUCAUACACCUUUUUAUAAUUGUAUUAA